AUGUCGGACUCGAUUAAGACAGAGGAUAUUCCUCAAGAGGUGUGGCAUCCUACUUGGCAACUAAAAUGUAUCUUUGCGGUGGUUGGUCUGCUCAACUUUGUUGCGGCGCUAGAUGCUACUUCUAUCUCGGUGUCUCUUCCGACAAUCUCGCAUGAUCUUGGGGGAACCGCAACAGAAGCCUUCUGGGCUGGGACAUCCUUCCUCGUCGCCUCCUGCGUCUUCCAACCCAUCUUCUCUCUCGCCUCGGACAUCUUCGGCCGCAAAUCCAUCCUCUGGCUCGCAGUUGCAGCAUUCACCCUUGGCUCUAUCCUUGCCGCCGUCUCACAUGGAUUUGGACUCCUCCUCGUCGGCCGCUGCAUUCAGGGUAUUGGUGGUGGGGGUAUUAUGGCAUUGACGGAGGUGUUGAUCGCAGACCUCAUCCCUUUGAAAGAGCGCGGAAAGUGGUUCAGCAUUCGCUCUGGAACAUGGGCUCUUGGUACAGUCGUUGGUCCUCUAAUCGGAGGUGGUUUCACCGAGUCUUCUGCGACUUGGAGAUGGAUUUUCUGGAUCAACCUGCCCUUCUGUGGGUUGGGACUGGUUCUUAUCCCGGUCUUCUUGAAGUUGGGCAGAGCUCCCCUUCCCGUCCGUGAAAGUCUAGCCAAAGUCGACUAUGUGGGCUGUAUCAUGUUCGUCGCAUCGCUUGCUGCUUUCCUCAUCCCUCUCACCUGGGGCGGCGUUAUGUACGACUGGGACUCAUGGCACACACUCGUCCCUCUGAUCCUUGGCCUUGCAGGGCUUUUUAUAUUUUUCCUCUAUGAACGCUUCAUUGCCGCUCACCCUCUUAUCCCCGUCGUCAUCUUCACCAACAUGACCAUGUCAGUCAGCUACGUCGGCACUUUCCUCCACGGUAUCAUCCUCUGGGCUAUCGUCUACUACAUCCCCCUCUACUACGAAGGUGUGCUAGGCUACAGCCCCGUCAUCGCCGGUGUCGCCGUUUUCCCAGAAUCGUUCACCGUGGCCCCCAUCUCCGUGAUCACCGGCAUCGUUGCAGCUAAAGUCGGCGGCUACCGCUGGGCCUUGUGGAGCGGCUGGCCCAUCUCUAUCUUGGGAUUGGGACUUCUCUGCCUUCUAGACGCAAGCACCAGUAUCCCCAAAUGGAUAUUUAUCAAUCUAGUCUGCGGUGUUGGUCUGGGUCUUCUAUACCCUUCUGUCAUGCUAGCCGUGCAAGCCGCCGCUGACCCGAAAUACCUCACCAUGUCUGUCACCAUGAGCCCUUUCUUCCGAGUCCUCGGCCAAGCCGUCGGCGUCGCCAUCGGCGGCGUGGUCUUCCAGAACCGCAUCAAGGCCGAGUUCAGCAACCAUCCAUCUCUUGGGCAGACUGCCGAAGCCUUUGCCCAGGAUGCAUCGAAUCUUGUGCAAUAUAUCAAGACUCUUCCCAAGAAUAGCGAGGAGCGCGAGCUGAUUGAGAGCUUGUACGCCAAGUCUUUGAUGAUAAUCUGGGCUGUGAUGUGUGGUGUAUCGGCCCUGGGACUGAUCACGGGUCUGCUUACCAAAGGGUAUACUCUCAACCAGGCUUUUUCUUCAAAGCAGGGGUUGAAGCAGGUUGCUUCAGAUUUGGAGUCUAAGCAGAUUUAUGUUGAGUCCAAGGAACGUCAAAAUAGUGAACAGUCGAAUUGA